CUCGGCUGUCAUGGCUCCGAACGUAAACAGAGAGUUAUAAAUACCGACACAUUUUACUUUAGUAUUUAGCCAAAUUAACUGCAGGGACAUUAUAACUAUAACUGUCAGGCAGAGAAACACGUCACAGGGAGAAACAUGUCCGUGGGAAACAAAGCUAUUGAGUUACAGCUCCAGAUGCGGCAAAACGCGGAGGAUCUGCAGAGCUACAUGUCCGAGCUGCAGAGCUGGGAGACGGACAUCAAGAAGAGAGACGAGGAACUGAGGACCGGAGGACUGCAGCAGGACCAGAAGAAUCUCCCACCUGUGCGCAACAUAGACUACAAAACAAAAAUGAGGGAAAGAAAGAAGAAGAAGAAGAAGGAGGCAAUGAGCAACGGAGACGCCAAGGCAGGGGAGUCAAAGGACGCCUCCAGGAUCAAAGCAUACGACUAUAAAUCAUGGGACAAGUUUGACGUGGACCAGGCUCUGGCAGAGAUGGAUAAGGAGGAAAGUCCUGCAGAGUCCAAUGAGUCGGACUCCGAGUCGGAAGCUGACCGGGUCAAAAUGCUGGCUGAGAAAGAAAAGGGUAACGCGUUUUUCAAAGAGGGAAAGUACAACGAUGCUGUGGAGUGUUACACCAGGGGGAUGGCUGCAGACCCCUACAACCCUGUGCUGCCCACCAACAGAGCCUCCUCCUUCUUCAGACUGAAAAAGUAUGCUGUGGCAGAGUCCGACUGUAACCUGGCCAUCGCUCUGGACAGCAACUACUUCAGAGCGUAUGCUCGGAGAGGAGCAGCGCGGGCUGCCCUGAAGAAAUAUGAAUGUGCAUUAGAAGAUUACGAGAUGGUUCUCAAGCUCGACCCAGGGAACAUGGAGGCACAGAAUGAAGUGAAACAUAUCACAGAGACUCUCCGACAUCAGGCGCCUGCCGUCCUGAGUGAAGCCACACAGGAGGCCCCCACAGUGGCCCCGGAGCAGCAGGAAGGACAGGGGGAGGAGAGGAGACAGGAGGAGGAGGAGGAGGAGCAGCAGAGGCGACAGGAGGCGGCUGUACAAAAGGACAGGGGGAAUGCUUAUUUCAAGGAGGGGAAGUACGAAGCGGCCGUGGAGUGCUACAGCAGAGGCAUGGAGGCGGACAGCUUGAACGUGCUGCUGCCCGCCAACAGAGCCAUGGCCUUCCUCAAGCUUGAGAGGUAUAAGGAGGCGGAGGAGGACUGCACCAAAGCCCUUUCUCUGGAUAGAACCUACACUAAGGCUUUCGCCCGCCGGGCCACUGCCAGAGCGGCUCUAGGGAAGCUGCAGGAGGCCAGACAAGAUUUUCAGGAGGUGUUAAAACUGGAACCAGGGAACAAGCAGGCCCUGAACGAGCUGCAGAAACUCCACAUGGGUGCGGCCCCCAGUGGCCUGCUGCAGACUGCAGAUGGCUCACACAGGAGAACCGUGGAGCCCAUAGACAAGCCAACACAUCUGCAGUCAGCUAAGCCUCUGCGCAGGAUUGAGAUCGAGGAAGUGAGUGGAGAGGUGAAGGUGUCUGAGGGGGAGUCAGAAGGGUCCAAGCUCCUCAUCAAGGAGGUGAUGAAGGAGGCUGAGGACGACUCCUCUCCACUGUCCACCUCACCCAGCGCUAAAGUGAUCAAGAUGGAGGAGCUAGCAGACGUCCCCUCGCUCCCUGAGAGCAAUCUGUCUGUCCAGAAAUCCUUCUCUCCACCACGUCACUGUGCAGAAGGAAGAGUUCCUUCUAACGGACCGAGCAGACAGCCAGCGCAGCAGGAAGUGGCUCCUCCUCCGUCAGCAGCUGACCUGCCCCCCCCACCCACCAACAGCUUCCAGCUGGAGGCCGACCUGCGCAAGCUGGGACAGCAGCCGGAGGUCAUCUACAGAUACCUGAGGCAAGUCAAACCGGAGGCCUACGCAAGCAUAUUCCAAAACUCCCUGGAGCCUGACAUUCUCAAUCAGAUCCUGAACACACUGCAUGGGUUCUAUAUCAAGCAUGAAGAGGCCUCCCUCACGCUGCGGGUCCUCAGCACUCUGGCCAGCCUGCGGCGCUUCGACAUGGCCGUCAUGUUCCUGUCCUCCCCGGAGAAGAAAGUGCUCAAAGAGCUGUUCCACUUCCUGCACCGAGCUGAGCUGGAGGCUCCCUGUGUUGCAGCGCUGCAGAAGAAGUACGGGGUGUGACGCUGAUAAAACCUUUCAUUUCAACACUCAUUUUUAAAGCCAACUUAAUCAUUCAGCUUCAGUCUAAUCCGGACUGAAUGUAUAUUCAAUUUGCUUUCAUUCAAUUGGAUUGCUGUGAUAUGAGCCUGUGGGAAAAUGACCCUAAAUCUAUUCUUUCUCUCCUUACAACACUGCGCUAUUAAAAGUUGAAAGUUCACAAAUGGUGGUUUAUUGUUCUGAACAUGGUGUGUUCGAGUGUUCAAGCUGAUACAGUGAAUACCAGUGUAGUAUCCGUUUACUAUGUCAUUAUGAAUGAUACCUACAUCUGCAACUUGACUGUCAAAAUGAACAUAUUUCACUUUUUGAAAACUGAUUUCAUAAAUGUAUAACAUGUGAAACUGUUGAAAAAGUGAGUCACAUAUUUACAUUUUAUAGUGGAUUAUACCAAAGGCAGAAGAGAUGUUUAUGAACAGGAAGUGUGGAUAUUGCUUGGUCUCUGUGAGUACUUUAUUGUCCUGUUCUGGGGAAAGCAACAAAUAAAGGUGUAUUGACAGGUG